AUGACAUUGACGGGCACACCACCCGAAGCCGCCGUACUGGCAGCAAAACGAAAGCGGAAGGUUCAGUUUGGAAAAACAGAACAAGAUGUUGUUCGUGAGUUUCCAAGGAACCCAAGAGAGACUUGGUACAGCGAUGACGAGUACAGAGAAUUCAAAAGAACAUGGAAAAUAAACCAAGUGAGGAUUGAAGAUGCUCAGCAAGAGCUUGGAUUCUGUUUCGAAUUAUUGGGAUUGCAAGAUCCGUCUGAUGGCGCUCACGAGACGUUUGCAAAAGGGGCAUGGCUGAGCCGAGCAAGACUGCGGCAAGUGGUGUUCAAGCAUCAAGAUGAUUGUCGAUCAAGAGGCGCAUAUGAUCCAGAUGGAGCCUCACGAUUAUCCAAGUCCUGUAGUGAUAAAGAUCAGACCAAGGCCCUGAAGGCAGCGGCUGUCAAUGCGGAAGCUGCUUUUCAAUAUCGAAAAGACAUCUCAGCGAUACAGCCUUCACCUACGUCAGUAUCAAACUUUCCACCUUUAGAUUUUUCUUCAAUUACUGACCCAUUCGAGUGCGGUGUCUCUUUCUCAUGUGUAAACUGGGACUUUGAUGUCAUUGACGGAAACGAAAUUUUGAAUUACACAAAGAAGUUUGACAGGCAUAUCGAACAAACCGAUACGGAGUCCGUGUCUUCGGAAGGGGUGGCGUAA